AUGGUUGAUUCCAACGACCUGACAACACUAGAGGUGGAGCCUUCAGCAGAGGGCGCUACCGACGAUGGUCAACAAGAUGUGUUGAGCCCCGGUACAGGAGAUAAGAGCGACCCAGAGGACAAGAGCGACGACGAAAGCGAGAGCGACGAUGACCGUUAUUCCACGACGAAUCACACCGAGCUGCAGCACAUCGUGACGUCCAUCAAAGGCUUCGAGGAGAAGGACUGGGCCGACACCGACACUAAGCAGCUCUUUGGGGAGAAUUCAGACCGUUGGCCCUAUCUAGGCGCCACUUCGGAGAGGAAAGGAGAUAGCAUCCUCCAUAUCCUGAUGACGGAGGAUUAUGACAACAAGAAGCAGCGAGAGAACCUGGGCAAGGCGAUCCAGUGCACGAUCCAGUAUCACCCGAAGCUGUGGACUGCCCGUAAUGACGAAAAGCUAACACCCCUCUACCUGGCACUGACGAGUCUGGAUGCGAAACGCGUCGGUUUACUGAGGAAGCACCUGUUUCUCGCGAAGACCUCUAAAAAUCCCAUCCCCAGGCCGGAGUUGGAAAAGGCGAUUGCGACUGCAUGUCCAGCGGAUUGGGAAAACUGCCUGCAUUUGGCGUUGAAGCAUCGCAUCCGCAGCACGUCUCUCCUGACGUCGAUGAUUAAAUAUGCCAGUCCGGAAGCCGUCAAUGCAACGGACGGGAAUAGCUGGACGCCGCUGCAUCGCGCGGCCAGAUACGACUACUCGAGCGAGGGGAGUCUCAAGAUCAUCAAAGCCCUAAUUGCGCGCGGGGAGCCCGGGGAUGGCGCAUCACCCAACUCCGAAUAUGCCCUGGACACGUACGUUAAGAUAGACAAGGAACAUCUGUCAGUAUACCAGUAUCAUAUGAAAACCAGAGAGGAAAUGAGACCAGCUCCCAGCUCCAGCCGGCAACCAAAUAAGGCCAGUCGAAAGGAAUCAAGCAAAGCCGAAAUGAACACUCGGGGGGCUAAUCGAUCAAUUGGGAACUCUCAACUGAUGCCUGCACGAGACAGAGCCAACAUGGGCGCCACUCGAACGGUUGCAGAGGCUUCAGAAGAGCUGAAGGAGGACGAACUACGCAAACCAGGCCUGCACCGGUCGAGUACCUUCAACGUGCCACCAGUGGCUACAGCGGUCGCGACAGAUAUCAAGAAGGAGAGCAGGGACAAGGAUCAGGCCAAGGAGAAAGUUGAACAGUGGUCGGAGCUGAUACGCAGUGAAUUGAAGCUACACUGUCUGCGAACCAGGACUUUUUCUCAGGCUGUUCGCUUUCUCUAUGGCUCGAAUCCAGACAAUAUCCAGCUUUACUUCGAUUAUCGCGGCCUGCCCACGGAGAACGUAGACCCCAACACCUUCUACGACAACUUCCAGCAGACCCGGUUCGACGACGUGCUGCAGUUUGUAGAGUUCCCCACGGUACGCCUGCGACAGACCCCAGAUCCUCGGGGCGAGUGCAUCAAACAGCACAAGGCAGUCUACCAAUUCAACACCAGGGGCCGCAAGGACCUCAUGUUCUUUUUCAGCUGGCUCAAGGACAAGAAGGUGAAGCAUAUAAUCAACCUCAUUGUUGACGACACCAAAGAUUCGCACGCCGACGAUGCGAUCGAGGCUUGUCUGUCUGGCCUCCGGGUCGAUGUCCUGGACUGGUCAAAGCCAGACUUGGAUCCGGAAAUGCUUUAUGAUGCCUGCCCUGAUGUGAGAGAGUUGCAUCUCUACUGGGGAGGGAAUAAUGCCGUCCUGAGAGCCUGGGCUGAGCCUAGCGGUCUUCGAGAGCUGAAGAGCUUGGAGCGGAUCUACUUGUAUUAUGACCAGACCUGCCAUCGAUCUAAGACCAAGGUUGACGCCUUUAUAACGCGAAUCCAAACGCCCGUGCCUGCCCCAGAAACUGCCAGCGCAAAAGUCAUGCCUGAAGCCAAAUCCUCGUCAAGCCUACCAGGGCCAGAGAUGGAAAAGAGUUCGAAAUCAGGCACAUCUGCUAAAAUCAAAGUAAUCCCAAAGCAGACCCUGGCCAUCGACACAGAUGGCCGUGCGGGUGGUGGGACAAUAACGACAGCCGAUGGACACAGCACAGGCCAGUCCGCGGUGACCGUCCACAAAUGGCUUGAAAGCAUCGACACAUUCACGAACGAGCUCAAAACACUAAUGGCAAACAUCGGGCGAGUGUCCCACCCGGGCGACGAAAUCAGGGUGGCCCUGAUUGACGACGGGGUUGACUUUUUGGAAAAGGAAUUCCGCGACCGCAUCAUGCAUGGCAAGAGCUUUGCUGCGUAUCAUCAUGAUCCAAACGAGCGCGAAAAGCAGUGGUAUGUGUCUGAACGCGGCCACGGCACUGUUAUGGCUCAUAUGAUUCUGCGGGUGUGCCCCAUGGCCAGGAUAUAUCCCAUCAGGCUGGACACGGACAGGGACCCCAAAACGCAGUCCUCUAGGAUCAAGCCUGAGUCUGUAAUACGGGCCAUCGAAGCUGCCGUUGCAAAAGACGUCCAUGUCAUGUCCAUGUCCUGGACCGUGGAUCCACCCAAGGGCAAGACCAAAACAGAGUUCGACAAAGUCCUGGGCAAGGCAGAGGAGAAAAAUAUCCUGCUGUUCUGCUCCUCGCCCGACCAAGGAAACUUCUCCGGCGACCAUUACCCUACCGCAUGGGGGCCCGACAAGCUCUUCCGUAUAGGGGCCUCCCAGGCAGACGGACAUGCCUACAACAUGGUGCCCCAGGAUAACGUCGACUACAUCUUCCCCGGGGUUGAUGUCGUGCGGGCUAACAAUAGACAUAUGCGGUUCCGCGGCCUUGACGACGACAAAUCAUUCACGGGCUCGUCGGUUUCAACGGCGUUGGCUUCAGGGCUGGCUGCGUUGGUGCUCUGGCUUGCGGUUAUUGGGGCCAAAUAUUCCCUGGAUGUGGGCCAGAUGGAUGUUCUGACCAGCAAGGACGUGAGCAGGUUGCGACGUGUCAAGGCCAUGAAACAGGCAUUUAAGAAUCUAGGCGCCGGUCAGUCUUUGCAUGGCAAGUUCGUUAAGAUCUGGUCUGUUCUUGACAAGCCAUGCGCUGGUCUCAGGGAGCAUCGCGGCAAGGCGUCGGAGGAUAUUGACAGGUCGCGGCAGAUUAUCUUCAAUUUGGCCAGAGACCUUGUAACCAAGUCUUGA